CGACCCCCUCCGAGGAUGGGCUGGCGGCGGGUGGGCGCCGCGCUGCUGCUGGCCGGGCAGGUGCUGGGCCUGGCGGCGCGGGCGCUCCUGGGCCGCCUCCUGCCCGCCAAGCGCCGCGCCCUGGCCGGGGACUGCGUGCUCAUCACCGGCGGCGGACGCGGCAUCGGGCGCGCCCUGGCCCGGGAGUUCGCUCGGCGCGGGGCCCGGAAGAUUAUCCUGUGGGGUCGGACUGAGAAAUGCUUGAAGGAAGCUACCCAAGAGAUCUGUGCAAUGGGAACCGAGUGCCAUUACUUUGUCUGUGACGUGGGGAAUCGGGAAGAGGUCUACCAGCAAGCCAAGGCUGUUCGGGAAAAGGUGGGGGACGUCACCAUCCUCGUGAACAAUGCAGCUGUUGUUCAUGGCAAGAGUCUCAUGGACAGUGACGACCAUGCCCUGCUGAAAUCGCAACACAUCAAUGCACUGGGACAGUUCUGGACCACCAAGGCCUUCCUGCCACGGAUGCUGGAGCUCCAGAAAGGACACAUUGUCUGCCUGAACUCUGUCCUGGCCUUGUCGGCCAUUCCUGGGGCAGUCGACUACUGCACCUCCAAGGCCUCUUCCUUCGCCUUCAUGGAGAGCUUGACGCUGGGCCUGCUGGACUGCCCAGGGGUGAAUGCCACCACAGUCUUGCCCUUCCACACCAGCACAGAGAUGUUUCAAGGGAUGCGGAUCAGGUUUCCCAAUCUUUUUCCUCCACUGAAACCGGAGAUGGUGGCCCGAAGGACAGUUGAGGCUGUUCAGCAGAACCAAGCCUUCCUCCUUCUCCCUUGGACGAUGCACAUCCUUGUUGUCCUGAAAAGCAUCUUUCCACAAGCGGCGCUGGAAGAAAUCCACAAGUUUGCUGGGAGCUACACCUGCAUGAACACUUUCAAAGGACGGACCUAAGAGCUGCUGGCAAUCAGGACCUCGGGGGGCCUUGCCAGGGCUGGGAUCUUGUUCUCACGGGCCUCCAAAGGAUGGACUACUUGCAAACCAGAAUGUGCCAGGGCGAGGUUUUUAGCAGCCAAACGCUUCCAUUUUUAGUCUGUGAGUGGUUUUGAGCUGGAUACAUCUCAGAGGAGUCCCUCCCUCCUCCUUUUUGACUGUCUUGAGUGUACAAAGCUCGCCUUGGGUGGCUGAGUAGAUCUCUCCUGGCAGGCGCUGUGUUUUUCUGACUGAGCAAGCUGCACGUGGCUCUUGAGGAGUUAGCGCAUUCUGCUGCUGGUCCAUCUUCACAGGAGACGAACAGCCUCGGAAGCUUCUGUUAUUAUAGAGGGUUAAUUGGGCCCUUAAAGCUCUCCCCUUUAUUGCAAUGGGUCCUGUCCCAGUAAAGCUGGACCCAGCCCAUGCUCUCGUUAAUGCUAAACAUUAAGAUGGCCGGAUGCACAAUAUGAAUGGAAGCGCUGGCUUCCUGGCUCACACGGCAAUACUUUCUACCGUCCCGUUUCCAGCAGCGGACAGCCAGUCUCUGUUCACAAGACACGCAGAACCAUAUCCUUUGUCUGCAUUUGAAGGAACUGCAGGGUAGAUUGACGCUGACCUCGGUUCUUCUCAGCUAUUGCACAUUACUGCUGUCAGGGAGCAGCUGGUGGAGCCAAAUCACAUGAGGAUAACCAGGCCAUCUUCUGCAUGGAGUUGAUGGAUCCAGGAAAAGCUCUGAGGAAACCUUUCCAGGAUAGUCCAGCUUUUGGCUCUGCAGUUCAUUGUGAGCAGAAAAUAGCUGCUGGUGCUUGUGUGUGUGCAUAAAAAUGGUCAAGUCACAGUACAGUCU